GAAAGCCUUAUACUCUCAUAUGGCAAGGAAGACCUAUACUAUGGAUUUGCCGAUACCGAGCUGAGUGAAUGAGCGCAUGAAGGAAUGUUUUGGAAAGCGGUAGGAAGAUACGGUGUUCGAUACUCGCCUAAAUGGACACAACCAGCCAUUUGGAUCUGUCUGGUGUUUUUUCUCCUUAACGCACAAAUAGGCAUUUAGUCAUUCGGAUUCUAUCUGGACUCUUCCUCCUUGACGCACAAAUAGACAUUUAGUCAUUCAGCAAGUUGAAAGCCAUUUGGAUCUCUCUGCGGCUCUUUAAUUUCUCAUUUAAUCAUUCGGCUAUCACCAUGAGCACAUUCAUGCGGGGCGACUACGAAGAGAUAAAGAAGGGUGUGCUUCGAGACUUGCUCGAUGGGUCCUUCCAGAAGAUCUUCGUGAAGGCAUGGAAGGGAGUCGGGGCGACCGCUUUACUCCAAGAGGUGGCGGAAGCGGUCGAGACGCGGGGGAAAGGCGAGUUUGAGACGGUGAUCAAGGUGGUGCGGCCCGCACCAUUUGGGAACCGCAGGGAGAUGCAGAGGGCGGUGGCGGAGCAGCUGAAUCUACUAUCUCCUUCAGUCACGGCCGCGUUCGACGACGCAGACGAAGACGACGACUUCUGGGGUGAGGAAUUCAGCUCAAGAGAUAUGGUUCCGAAGGUAAAAAUGGAGAUCUACCGAGCUGUGAAGGAUCAUAAAGUGCUGCUCGUCCUUUAUAAUAAUAUUGCCGAUGCCAAAUUAAUUGAUCCUAAUGAUUUGGGUAUUCUUAUCACAAAAGGGUUGAUCAACAAUGCGGCCAUGUGGACCUCUGGGAUGAAUAUUAGCAUGGAAGAAGCCGCGUCAGCGAGUGCGGAUUUUAGCGCAACGAUUAAUUCACCAAAUGAAGAAGCCGCACUUGAUCUUGUGUACAAGGAGGCCGUCGAGAUUGCCCGUUACAUUGACAAGAGCAGUGGUGGGAGCUUGCGGACCACCCCGGAAUUAGUCCUCCGCUGCUUUUGGUAUUACCUGCUGUUGUUGCGUAGAGCAGCGUUUAACCGAUCGGCACUACUACCCCAUGAUGGUCGGCCCCUGGAAGCUGCUGUCAAGUAUUUUGUGUGCGACGGAAUUUUACAUGGAGAUGAUGAUGCGGCGGCGUGGGAGAUUGGGAAAGCACUAGCUCCGCUGAUUGGACCCAUCGUAAAUGAUCAACUACUGCAAUAUUGGCAGAAAGAAUUAACCUCUACCACUUGGACGCCGAGAGGGAAAAAUAAAGAGCUGUUGCCCCCGAAAACUUUAUUGAUCGACUCUACCACACAGAGAGAUUGGGCAAAGUUCUCAUCGCCAUCAUCAUCGAAGGAGGAGGAGAGUAGUUACCGUUGGAUCUCGGUGCGCUCUCCUCAAACUAAUAUUCCAGAGCCAUGGGAUUUCUUCUUCAAAGAAUACCGCGGUUCAGUCUUAUCUGAUGUUUCAUCCGUCUUUUGGCAUUUCAAGAAAACACAUGAAGUAGCUCUACCGGACAGCUUCUUCGACCAUUUCAGCAACGUUCGAGUGCUGGAGCUUCUCGGCUGCGUAGUAAGUCCUAUAGGACAUUCCUCCUUCCUUCGUCUUCGCAACCUGAGAAUGCUUAGGCUGGAGCGGUGCAAAGUGAUUACCAAGCAAUGUUCUGUUGAUCCAACCUCUCUCUCGUUAGCGCAAGAGGAACAACGAGAGCCAAUAUUUUUUGAUAACUUAUGGGUGCUGAAUUUAUACAACUCAGAUGCCGAUGCGUUUCUUCUAGCAGGCAAACCCUUUGAGCUCACGCCUAACCUCCUGGAGCUCGAUCUCACUUAUUGCAAGGGGUUAGAAUAUCUAAACUUCAAUCUCCCUGCAACAAUUGAAACAAUCAGCCUCCAAAGGUGCGCAUCGCUAAAAGCGGUGGAGCUAGUCGACCCUGCAGAAGCUCCUUUGCCCAACCUCAAUACCUUCCGCCUCAGCGGCUCUAAGCUGAUCGCCAAGCUCUCCCUACGAGGAUGCCAUAAGUUGGAGAACGUAGACCUACAAGAAUUGAUGGGGCUCGAGGUGCUCGAUCUUUCAUGCACCGCAAUAAAAGUGGUGGAUAUCAGCAAACUCCCACAACUGAAGCAAUUAUUUCUCCUCGGAUGCGAGCAACUCCGUAGAGUAGCCGGUCUUGAUAAAGGACCAAGACUAGAUGUGCUGUACUUGGAUAACUACAAUGGCGGCGAUGCUUGCGACGUCGAUCGGUGCCUUGAUUCCUUUCGAAAUCAAAGACCAAGUGAGUUAACCAAGGGGACUAACGAUGCUGAUCAAAGAUUACUCCACGCUCAUAUGGUCGUGAAGGAUGUUAGGCUCUUCCGGUCACUUCAUUAUGCUUUUCUUGAUCGAUUAAGCAGAGCAAAAUCCUGCUUCCAUAUCCAUGUCAAGGGUUCUUCAACUGCUAAGAGAGGCACUAAUAUUGGUACUACCACCAGAUCGGCAUUAUGUUAUGCAGAUGUUUUAAACACUAUGACAGAUCGUCACCGUCGACAUCACCCGUCGCCACCUGCUAUGCCUCUGAAUAAUCACAUAGAGGUUGAUGGAGGUCACGAUUCCCGAAUAGUAGAGGAAAUACCAUUUUGGGAUAUAAUGACAUAUGCUAAUUCUUUAUUCAUUCACGACAACACAUCUAAUUUUAACAUGGGCAUUCAAUUCAGCGAUCUCAAAUAUUUCCGCAUUGAGAGGUGCCCGAAUUUGGAGUUUAUCUUCCAUUGGAGUGGUGCGGCUGAUUCUGUGGAGAGCAUAUGGCUCAGCCAACUUCCGAGGCUCAAAGCUUUACAUGAAUAUGGAAGGAUUAGGAGUGGGCAACUGAAGCAUAUUUACUUGGAGUUUUGCGCGAGGCUAGAAUAUGUACUCCCCUCAGUGUCAGAGCUACACGACUUGGAAACAAUCAACAUCCGUUAUUGCGGCGAUCUAACGGCAAUUUUCAAAUCUGAUGAUGAUAAUAAUGAAGAUGAAAACGGAGCUCCUCCAAAUCAACUUCCGAAACUGAGGUCCAUCCAUCUACAGGAGCUUCCGAAGCUACAACACAUAUACGAGCUAAACAUUUGUGCUCCGUCGCUGGAAGAGAUCAAGAUUGUGGGGUGUUUCAAUCUCGGAAAACUUCCUCUUUUCGGCCGGUCGGACGCUCGUUCAAUGAGAGGUGUGAAGAUUAGCUGCGAGAAGGAUUGGUGGGAUAAGCUACAAUGGGAUGGGUUAGAAUCCAACCACCACUCCUCUCUCUUCAACCCAAAACAUUGUCCUUACUAUAAGAAGCGUAUGAAAGCUAGAUAUUUAUGAAGCACAGCUCUGCUCCAAUGUUCAUAUGCAAGGUGAACCAUCUCUCUCUCUCUCUCUCUCUCUCUCUCUCUCUCUACAUAUUAAUUGUGUAUUUGUGUGCAUAUACACGCACAUGUGUGCUUGAUCGUGUGCGUCUAUAUGUAUUGAUGUUUGCGAAGCUUUUCAUAUGCUUUUGAGAAAUAAGUUAGCCAUAGUGCAACAUGUUCUUUCUUUUCUAUUUACAGGUGUGAGCUUGUCUACGUGUGUAAAAAUAUUACAUAUAUAUUUGAUUUCUUGAGACUUGAGUGUGUAACAGAGAAAAUGUCUAAGCAUAUAUUUGACUCUUUGAUGACAAUA